AUGGACAAUAUUGAUACAGUUUAUCAAGCGAUUGCAAUACUCAACGGGCAAGAAAGUAAUGCAUGUGGCAAAGCGAGUGUUUGGCUGGGCGAAUUCCAAAAAUCGGUGUGCGCGUGGUCAAUAUGCGAUCGGAUCUUGGCUGAACGCAAGGAUCAGAAUGCAUGCUACUUUGCUGCGCAAACAAUGCGCCAAAAGUUGCUGCACAGUAUGCGUGAAUUGCCGCCCACAUCACACAAAUCACUUCAUGAAUCUUUAAUUAAUCAUCUCAGUAAUUUUGAGUGUUAUCCAAUCGAGAAGAAUGGAGUGAUCAUCAUGCAGUUGUGCCUUGCAUUAGUCGAUCUCUACCUGCAAGUGCCUGAGUGGACGAAUUUCGUCGCCGAAAUUCUCGACAAAUUCACAAACAUGUCUGAUGAUAAAACACCAGUACUUUUGAAUCUUUUAAAAGUAUUUCCGGAGGAGAUUCAGAGUCGACAUUUACGUGUUGGUGAGAACAGACGUCGUGCAGUGAAUGCUGAGCUUGCACAUCAAACGCAUGCUGUUUUAAUCUUUUUGAGUGAUGUGUGCGUAAAGAAUGCAAAUGAUGUGAACAUUGUAAGGAGAGUGCUGAAUUGUCUGUCAUCUUGGCUUCUGAAUCCAUUGGUACCCACUGAUGAAUUAGCUUGCAGUCAGCUUUUGCAAUCCAUUUAUAUGUUAUUGGAAAAUGCCGAUUCACCAUCAGAACUUCAUGAUGCAGCGUGUGAGUGUAUCGUAUCAGCGUUGUAUCGUGCUGAGGAUACGGACGUUCACCGUGCAUUAGCACUUUCACUUCAGAUGGCUUGCUAUAAGAUGGCAAAUGGCUUCAAUAUGGCUGUAGCACACGAAGACUGUGAAAAGCUUCAAAGCUAUGCACGAGUAUUCAGUGAAUUGAAUGAGUCGUUAUUGCAACCGAUGGUGAGUACACCAGGUGUUGAUCUCGGUGAUUUGAAGUCAUUGGAAAUGCUUCUUCUACUGGCUGGAUAUCAUGACUAUUCGUUGGUGGAAAUGACAUUCAAUUUUUGGUAUCGUCUCUCAGAAUAUCUCUAUGAAAGGAACGAUGACGACUUGAUUUUCACAUUUAAACCUUACAUUGAAAGGUACAUAAUGGCUUUGUACAAGCAUUGUCGUAUUGAUUCGGAUUACGAGGGCAUACCGGGUGAGAAUGACGACUUUGCUGAGUUUCGGCUGAAAGUAUCGGACACAAUUAAGGAUGUUGUUUUCAUUAUUGGGACGGAUCAUUGCAUCAAAAGUCUACUUCUACUUCAGAUGAUGGCUGUUCUGCAGUCAGUUAGCGAUGGAACUUGGGAUGAAAUGGAAGCUGCACUUUAUGUGAUUUCGAUUGUUGUGCAUAAUGUUCUUUCGUCAGAAGAGACAAUUGUACCUUGUUUGGUGGAGUCGGUACUCCAUCUACCAAACGAAAUUCAUCCAGCCGUUGUGUUCACAUCGAUUCAGCUAAUUGGGAACCUUGUCGAUUGGUUACAAGAAAACAAAAAUUUUCAAGAUGCAUGCAUAGUGUGGUUGCUGGAUAAAGCUCAGAAUGUUGUAUUUGUGAAAGUGGCUUGUGAAGCAUUGGAGAAUAUUUGCGACAGGUGUGGUAAAGAAUUGUUGCCAUAUUUUGAUCGAUUAAUUUCGUUGAUUCCUGUUCUCGAAUCAGCGCAAUCCAAAGGGCAACAAAUGGAAACGGCUGCACUGUCGCUUCUCAGAGCAAGUGGAUCCCUUUUGAAUGGACUUCCUGGUAACGAAAUUGCCAUUCGUCUGAAGCAACUCACUGAACCGAAUGCACGACGUUUAGCUGCCUUGAUAGACUCGAGUGCAUCGCAGAAUUCGCAGAAUGGUGCAUCGUUCGUUGAAGUGAAUAACGAGAAUGGAUCAGAUUGUUGGUCGAGAUUGAGUCACGAUCCUGUUUUGUGGAUCGACCGUAUUGCAGCAGUCUUCAGGCAAGUACAGCCAUGGCAUAAACAGGAUGCUAAUCCUGCCAAGAAUUCACAUACCAAAGGUGAACGACUGGCAGAUGUAGCAGCAGUGCCUUGGCUCGAUUCGGUGAAUGUUAUUUGGCCAGUCUUGUCGGCAGUAUUCAAUCAUUAUGAGAAGCAUAUUCGCAUUAUUGAACACUGCUGUCGUGCGGUUCGUUUCCUCAUUAGAUCUCUUGGUGUGCAAUCGAUGGUUUUUGUUGAACAACUCGUCGCUCAGAUGGUCGAUAUCUAUAGGCGUUACCCACAUUCAUGUUUCCUUUAUUUGGCAAGUAUACUUGUUGAUGAAUAUGGACAAUUGGAGCAUCCACGUUCGGGUCUCGUCUAUAUGCUCAACACACUUUCUGAGGGUUCAUUCAAAUUGUUGCAACAAGUGAAUGGUUUUCGUGAUCAUCCAGACACGAUCGAUGACUUGUUCAGACUUGCCAUCAGAUUCAUUCAACGUGCUCCUUCAACUUUCUUUCAAGAACCAAUCUGUGAUAAUCUCUUUGAAUGUGGCAUCGCUGCUCUUGAUGUCGACCAUGCAGAUGCCAGUCGAUCAGUGACGAAAUUCUUCAUGGAAUCAAUCGAAUCGUCGAACUAUCGCGACAUUGGAGUUGAGAGUGCAGAGCGCUUAAUCAGCAAAUACGGGUCAAGACUUGUAACUGGUUGUUUACGAGCAGCCAUCUUCUCAGUCACUGGUUCACUUAAAAGAGAUAUGGCUGAUGUGAUUUUCAAUGUUGGGAAACUUUCACAAGAGAAUCUAUCGGUAUGGUUAUUGACUGCAUUGGAGACAUUACCUCAGAAUAGUGGUUUAUGUGCUACUUCGGAACAGCUGCAACAAUUUCAUCGCAAUGUUGUCGAGGCGAAAGAUCAGCGUGUUAUCCAUAAUCAGAUUCGUGACCUCAUUCGACUAUACGUAUAG